ACUCCUCUCUAUGUCUCUCUCUAUCACAUUCAUCUAUCUAUGAUGAAACUAUAUAAAAAAAAUCUUGGUUUUCUCAUUUCUUGUUUCUUAUUCUUCUUCUUCUAGUGGGAUCGUGAAAUUUGAAGAUCGGAUCAAGAGCUUUCGAAUUCCAACCCUAGACCUCCACUCUCUCCUAUGAACCAAGAUGAAAUGAGUUGAAGAGAGGGAGAGAGAGAGAGAGAGAAGGUUAAAGAGUGAUCUCAAUAGGGUUUUCAGCAAAAGAAAGGAUAAAAUAAAGUGGUUCCAUAAGGAAGGAUUUUCGCGUUUGGAAUCUCUCAGAAGAAACCACUAGUGUAUGAUUUUGAUAUAAAAGAAGUCCGUGGUCUUGAUAGAUCCGUAAAGAAAAGAUUUCUUGCAUUCCAAGUUUAUCAAGUUUUAGAGAGAGAAAAGCGACAGUGAGGAGCCAAAGGAUGUCAUCUUCCAAUUCACCAUGCGCAGCGUGCAAAUUCUUACGCCGAAAAUGUACCCAAGAAUGUGUCUUCGCACCAUAUUUCCCUCCAGAUCAGCCACAGAAAUUCGCAAAUGUCCACAAAGUCUUCGGUGCCAGUAAUGUUGCUAAACUCCUGAACGAACUCAAUGCUGCUCAACGCGAAGAUGCAGUGAAUUCCCUUGCCUAUGAGGCUGAGUAUCGCCUUCGAGACCCAGUUUACGGGUGUGUUGGGCUUAUUUCAUUACUUCAACAUAAGCUCAAGCAAGUUCAGGAUGAUUUGUUGAACGCUAAAAAGGAACUAGCUGGGUACCUUGGUCCAUCAGCAAUGAUACACCCUAUUCUUCAAAAUCCAGGGUUUAUGCAACAGCAUCAUAUGAAUGCUCCUUCUUCAAGUACUAUGAUGCCUUUUAACAUGAACCCAAUUUUAGGAAUGCCAACUGGGGUCCCACAUGGUGGUCAAUUGAUGAUUCGUGAACCUCAGCAACAGCAACAGCAACAACAAGCAAUUGAAGCUCAACAAUUUGCAGCAGCUAUGGCUGCAAGGGAACAAGAGAUGCUUAGGAAUUAUGAGCAACAACAGCAACACCAUCCUUCUCAUCAACAGCAACACCAUCCUUCUCAUCAACAGCAACAAGAUAUGGCAAGGUUUAACAGUGGAUUUGAUUCAACUGGAUCGGUGACAGCUACUGGAUUUCAUCAAAUGAGUACAUCCGCAACACCUUCCUUGGUUUUGUCUGGCACCUAUGAGAAUCCUUAUAAUCUGUUUCCGCCACAGCAACAGCAGACACAACAGGAGCAUUCUCAACAGAUUCAUCUUCAGCCUCAGCUAUUGCUACAGCAACAACAGCAGCAGCAGCCACCGCAGCAACCAGAGACCCCAAGGCAGCAACAGAGGGACAAAACUGAAGAGGAGGGAAGGAGCGGUGGUCCUUCAUGUUGACAGCUUUAUUAUUCUACAUUUUUUGAUCUUGCAAGUUGAUGGGGGCAUACAAACGUAUAAAGAGACAUGAAAUACAAGAACCGAGAUUAUGAUGUACAAAGAGACAUGAGAGAUAGUAGGAGAGAGAAAUGAGUAUUUUCAACUUGAGCAUUACAGUUCUUAGGUAUAAUGUCUUUCUUAGACUUCUUUCCUUCUCCAAAUUUUCUAUUGAUCAAGACCCUUGGGAGUUUUGAAGGUACAUUUUUCAAGGUUUAGAAGCAGCAAUUAAAACAGUGUUGUCUUUCUUUACCUGUAGAUGCUUACUUUGUCUCGCUACAUACAUAUAUAGAGUUAAUACAUGCAGUAUAUACUUUAUAGCA